AGUUGCUAUUCUUUGCCCCAGCAACUAGUACUUCGAUUUAUCAGCUUGUCAUGGGGAGUUUGGACUUUGCAGCAAAUUUUGUCGCAGCCAGCUGGGAGCGUUACCACUCAUGGUUUGUCGGCUCUGAUUGAGGAAUUUGGGGGCAAGGACCUAAAAGCUGCUGGGACAUCUUGUCCUGAGGAUCUUUACUUCAAAAUUCCCCAAGGUGGCACAAGCUGCCCAGCACUUGGCAAUUGGAGCAAGGAAUCCACGUUUGAGGCUCCAUGCAGUAGGAGCUGAAUACUGUACAGACUGUGCUUUGUGAAACUGAGAGGCACGCACCCCCUUGGCACCCGCAGUGUCUCUGGAUUCCAGCGGCCGGGAGCUCCAUGCCAAGCAGCCUGAGCAUGCGAGUCACACUGGCUGUGACAGCCUGGAUGGUCUCUUUAGUCUCCAGCUCUUCCUCUCCAGCAAAUUCUCUACCAGAUAUCAAAAAUGAGGAUUUCAUCAAAGACUGUGUUCGAAUUCACAACAAGCUCCGAUCAGAAGUGAACCCAACGGCUAGUGAUAUGCUGUACAUGACUUGGGACCCAGAACUAGCCAAAAUUGCAAGGUCAUGGGCAAGCAAUUGCCAGUUUGCACAUAACAAACAGCUGAAGCCACCCUACAGGCUACACCCGAAUUUCACUUCACUGGGAGAAAACCUCUGGACUGGGUCUCUAUCCAUCUUUUCCGUGACUUCAGCCAUCACAGACUGGUACAACGAAGUUAAAUACUAUGACUUCAAGACUCAGAGGUGUGACAGGGUUUGUGGCCAUUACACUCAGGUUGUGUGGGCAGAGAGUUAUAAGGUUGGCUGUGCAGUACAGUUUUGUCCCCGAGUGGCUGGCUUUGACACUCUUCGCAAUGGAGCACAUUUUAUAUGCAACUACGGACCAGCAGGAAAUUUCCCAACCUGGCCAUAUAAGAAAGGAUCCACCUGUAGGGCCUGCCCCAGUGAUGACACCUGUUUGGAUAAUCUCUGCACCAACCCAAAACGAGACAAAGUCACACGUUACUAUUCUGUUGUGUUUCCAGACUGGCUGAUAUUUCCACGUAAUAGAUACCUAUCUCUUUUUCUCAUUGUUAGUCCACCAAUCCUAUUACUGAGUGUUAUAAUUACCAUUUUGGUUAAAUACCCUCAUUUAGUUCUCAAAUAAUACAAUCAAGGAAAAACAAAA